GAAAUGGCAGAAGCCAAUAUUUCAGUGGAUCAGGAUCAGUUCAGUUGUUCAGUGUGUCUGGAUCUCCUGAAGGAUCCAGUGACGAUUCCCUGCGGACACAGUUACUGUAUGAGAUGUAUCUCAGACUACUGGAAUCAGGAGGAUCAGAAGGGAGUCUUCUGCUGUCCACUAUGCAACCAGACCUUCACACCAAGACCUGUUUUAGGUAAGAAUGUGGUGUUCGCUGAGAUGGUGGAGAAACUCAAGGCUACGAGACUCCAAUCUGCUCCUGCAGUUCCUCACACUGGAUCUGGAGAUGUGCAGUGCGACUCCUGCACUGGAAAUAAACAGAAAGCAGUGAAGUCGUGUCUGGAGUGUCGAAGCUCUUACUGUCAAAUUCACCUUGAACAGCAUGAGAGUCUCUUCAGAAGUAAAGGACACAAUCUGAUGGACGCCACUGGACGACUGCAGGAGAUGAUCUGCCCUCAACAUGGUAAAAUACUGGAGAUUUACUGCCGCACCGACCAGCUGUGUAUCUGUAUGCUGUGUUUCGUGGAUGAACACAGGAGUCAUGACACUGUAUCAACUGCAGCAGCGAGGACAGAGAAACAGAGACAUUUUGAAGAGAAACGGAGAAACAUCCAGAUGAGAAUCAAGCAAAGAGAGGAAGAUCUCCAGGAGCUGAUAGAGGCUUUGGAGUCUCAUAAGCGCUCUGCACAGACGGCAGUGGACGACAGUGAGAGGAUCUUCACUGAGCUCAUCCGCUCCAUUGAGAGACGUCACUCAGAGGUGACGCAGCUGAUCAGAGAUCAGGAACGAUCUGCAGUGAGUCGAGCUGAAGAACGACUGGAGCGACUGAUACAGGAGAUCGAUGAUCUGAGGAGGAGAGACGCUGAGAUGGAGGAUCUUUCACACACACACAAUCAUGUUCAUUUCCUCCAGAGUUUGUCAUCAGUCUCUCUCUCUGGAUCUACAGACGGCUUCACUGUCAGUUCUCGUCUGUCUUUUGAUGAUGUAGUGAAAUCUGUCUCUCAACUCAGAGACAAACUUCUGCAGUUCUGCAGCGAGGAGACACAAAACAUAUCUGGAACAGUGAAAACCGUCCAGGUCAUUCAGUCUCCUGAAUAUCAGACCAGAGAGGAGUUUCUACAGUAUUCUCGUCUGUUGACUCUGGAUCUGAACUCAGUGAAUUAUUGGCUCCGUCUGUCUGAGGGAAACACAAGGAUCACCGUCACUGACACACGUCAGCCGUAUCCUAAACAUCAAGACAGAUUUGAUUGUUGGACGGAGGCGAUGUGUAGAGAGAGUGUGACUGGACGCUGUUACUGGGAGGUGGAGUGGGCUGGAGAAGGGAAAUUAGGAGUGGACAUAGGAGUGACAUAUAAGAGCAUCAGCAGGAAGGGAAAUGGUCUUGAAAGUUUAGCUGGAGGAAACAAUCAGUCCUGGAGAUUGUUCUGCUCCCCAGACUACUGUUCAUUCUGGCACAAUAACAUUGAGACGGUUCUUCCUGUAGUCAAUGUCUCCAGUAGAAUAGGAGUGUAUGUGGAUCACAGCGCAGGGGUUUUGUCUUUCUACAGCGUCUCGGACACAAUGAGUCUCAUCCACAGAGUCCAGGCCACAUUCACUCAGCCACUCUACGCCAUGAUUGGAUUAGAUCAACAGACAGCGGUGAAACUGUGUCGUCUGACCAAUUAAAUCAUACAUACUGUAGAUUGUACCCCUGUAGCAGGUGUGCAAUACAGUUGUGUAAACUUGUGUUUGUUUUCAGACAUGAUAACAGUCGCUUAAUAGACUUGUGCUUAUGCAAUAUCAUGAGUUUUGAUCAUUGAUGGUUAAUGACUCUCCACAAUCUGCUUUUCUAGAAAUAUGGUAGUAUCGUAUCAUACUACAGCGCACAUUUUAUCAGCUGCCAUUCUGGCGCCUCAAGCUUCAUUUAUACUCGCUGCGUCCGCACGGGUGCGAAGUUGCGCUAGGGCCCAUUUUGUUUGGCGAUGUGCAUGGCAUAUUUUGUAAAAAUCUCUUUCAUUUGUACUUCUUAUGACAAACUUCACCAGUCUACUUUUGAGCACUCUCCCUGUUUCUGGAUAGAAAACAAGAUAAGCAGGGCUGUUUUUGUCAUAACCAUUAUCAUACUUGUAUACAUAACACUCUAACCCAAACACUCUCAUUUUGGAUAGGUCAGGCUUUUUUCCAAUUAUCAGAGAGUAGUUUGUCCCAGACGUCUAUUAAAACAUCUGUUUCUAAUUAUAGCAGAUGUCCACAACUCCUUUGGUAAAUUACUCUCAGUUAGCAAACAUCUUGCCAUUUCAAACAAAGUCCUCCAUGCUCUUUCAGCUGUCCCAUGUUGGAUGGGGUGAGUAAGGAGCUGAGGUUUCAUGUCUUAUAGCAAUGACUGAAACACAGUAGAUGUAAACUGUUCCAUUGUCUGAUCUUAUACAUUUAAUUUUACCAUAUGAUGCAACAUCAGCAAUUCAUUUCUCGGUGGAACAUUCAUUUUAAUACCUGGCUUUAAUUUUAAAACUAUAAAAUAUUUGUUACGAUCUUGUGUCUUGAAUUUUUGGUGAACAAUAUUGUGCUGAUGGCCAAUUACUUCAUUCAUAAAUGCAGAAUCUUUAAGAACCCUCCCACUUUCUUAGUUUUCCAUAAAGAUUUAAUGAUCUUCUUCAAAUCUUCAAGACUG